AUGCGCUGGAGUAUGUCCUACUUCAGCACUUCGGCACGUUCAUGUGUACUUUGUGCCGUUUUUAAAAAGCCCAAACUCGGUUCAUUUCGUUCGUCUCUUUGGCCAAGUGCUCAUAUUGCUCGUCGCCAUCGCGAUUUGCGCGCCCUUCUCUCGCUGCUCUUUUUCGCUCAUUACAGCUCUUCCCGAACUACUGAGCGAAGGAUAACGAGGAUUUUAAUGAUACCACUCGUGAUCUGCGGCAUUCGAGCAUGGAUCGCGACGAGGAAAGUCGCUCGCACGGCUAGAGCGACUCUAGCGGGCCCUCGGGCCGCAAAAAGGUGUUAG